AUGGCUUCACAGACUGUCGUCCUCAUCACUGGUGCUGGCAGAGGCAUUGGCAAGGCCCUCGCCACGAGCUAUCUCGGCCGUGACAACACCAUCGUCGUGGCAGCCAUUCGCAAGGCUGCCUCAGCCGAAGCUUUAAGCAGCAUUCCAAAGGGAAACAACAGCAAGCUCAUCGUUGUCCACAUUGACAGCAGCGAGGAGAAGUCGGCGACCGCCGCCGUCCACGAGCUUGUUUCCAAGCACAGCAUCGACCAUCUCGACAUUGUCAUUGCCAACGCUGGCAUCAUAGAAGAUUACUCGCCCGUUGCCAAUCUGCCCCUCAACGUGCUCAAGCAUCAUGUCGAGGUUAACUCGUACGGCCCGCUUCUCCUGUUCCAGGCCACUCUGCCGCUUCUCGAGAAGGCCAGCAGCCCCGCCAAAUUCAUAGCUAUAGGCUCGCCAUCGGGCUCCAUCAGCACUAUAGAAACGCGUCCUUUCCCUGUGGCAGCAUACGGCAUCUCCAAGGCCGCCGUGCACUACAUCGUCCGCAAAAUCCACGUCGAGCACCACGAGAUUAUCGCCUUUGUCGUCGAUCCUGGAUUCGUGCAGACCGAAUCGGGCAAUUCCGCCGCAGUCGCCUUCGGCUUGAAGGAAGCUCCGACAACCAUUGCCGACUCGACCAAGUUUCUGAUUUCUACUAUUGAAGGUGCCACUAAAGAGAAGACAUCUGGCCACUUCCCUUCCAUGCUAUUACAAGGUGGCGACUUCGCUUGGUAG